UCUCACUGUUGGCUUGUAACUAAAAUUUCACCGGAAUCUUUGUUGGGGUUUAGAUUUCGGUCUCUGACGCCGCAUUGACAAAUAGUAUCAAUUACUUAUUGAUUAAUAAUUUAAUAUAUUUGUUUGAUCUCAAUAUCAUUUCUAAUGCACCCAGCAGGAAGUGUGUCCUCAGGGCGACCUAUAAAAUGUGUUGUUGUUGGGGAUGGAACUGUAGGAAAAACAUGUAUGUUAAUUUCCUAUACAACAGACAGUUUUCCUGGGGAAUAUGUCCCAACAGUGUUUGACAACUAUUCUGCUGCAAUGAUGUGUGAUGGAAUACCUGUAAGCUUAGGUUUAUGGGAUACUGCUGGGCAAGAGGAUUAUGAUAGGCUCAGGCCUUUAUCAUACCCACAGACCGACGUUUUUCUCAUAUGCUUCAGCGUAGUUAGUCCAUCAUCAUUUGAAAAUGUAACUUCUAAAUGGUAUCCUGAAAUUAAGCACCACUGUCCAGAUGCGCCAAUUAUUUUAGUCGGAACCAAAAUUGAUCUUCGGGAAGACAAAGAAACUCUACAGCUAUUAAAUGAGCAAGGGCUAUCUCCAAUCAAAAGAGAACAAGGCCAGAAGUUGGCUUCGAAGAUUAGGGCUGUGAAGUAUCUUGAAUGUUCAGCUCUCACACAAAGAGGCCUUAAACAAGUUUUUGAUGAAGCUGUUCGAGCUGUAUUGCGUCCAGAGCCUCAAAAAAGACAACAAAGGAAGUGUAAGCUUGUGUAGCCUUCAUGUUGUAAAAUACAGAGUCUAUAAAAUGCAGUGAAUAAGCUGUCAAA